AUGAUUCUAAUCAUCUUCGUGGCCUGCCUCGCAUGGACAGCCUACAUCCUCGCAUGCACGUAUCGCAAUUGCCGAUCGGUCUGGGCGACUAGCCCAGAUGUCCCCGUCCUCCUCAGCGUCAUCUACCUCGGCCAGCCGCUCUGGCACUGCCUCCAAUACUUCCGCCCAGCCACAUACAACGACCGUGUCUCGAUCUUCUUCCAGCUCCACAGAUUCCAGAAGUAUUCUUGGAAUUUCUCCGAUAAAUAUGCCCUUCACGCGCGAUACGGAAAGUCGUUCUACUUGAUAACACCCACUCAAUGUGAGUUCGUUACCGCGGAUGGUACCGUGGCUAGGGAGAUCCUAAGUCGGAGCCAGAGCUUUGCGAAACCGGUUGGCCUACUGAGGAAACUCGAUGUGUUCGGCAAGAGUCUCGCCUCAGCGGAAGGGCUGGACUGGAAACGCCACCGGAGACUUACGGCGGGUGCAUUCAAUGGUCAGACUGAUAAAGCAGCGUGGGACGAGGCAUUGAACCGGGCAGCCGGUGCUCUAUCGACAUGGCUGGAAGCAGAGGCCGUCACAAGCACCAGCUCUGACAUGGCCCAUAUCAGCAUGGGCGUACUUUUCCAGGCCUGUCUCGACCUCAACGACGAAAGUGGACUCCACCAUCCGAAUAUAUCUGUGGAUGGGUGCAAGUCUAGUCUGAUCACCUUUCUGGAUAUCAUCUCGCUGGCCAAAAAGCCAUUCCUCGCUCGCUGUCUAAGAAUACGGCAUAGAAAUGGAAUCACCUCUGCUGUGCGACGUUUAGGGUGCACAUUGACUGAACUCGUGGAAUUUCGCAGACAGUGUCCCACAGUCGAUCGCACGGACUUGAUCUCCUUGAUGUUGAAAUGCGAAUGCCAGACGGACGCUGUGCCAGAGAAACCAAGUGGCAAGCACUACCUCACUCCGGAGGAAAUCCGGGGUAAUCUUUUCUUGUUCCUUUUCGCGGGCCACGAGACUACAGCCAAUACUCUGGUGGCUAUUGUAUAUCUGCUCGCGAUAUUCCCCUCGUGGCAGGAGUGGGUCUUGCAAGAAGUCGAUAGCCUCUUGCGGGACAUCAGGAUGGAUGAGCCUCCCAGCUAUACGCUAUUCCGUUCUACGAAGCGUCUCAGAGCUGUUAUGCUCGAAACACUAAGGCUUUACGGACCUGUAUUAAACAUCCUAAGGGAGACUAAGCAUCAGGGCCAGACUGUGAGUAUGAGAAACGAACAGUUACUCAUUCCUAAGAACACCAAGAUACAUAUCAACAGUAUUGCGUUGCAUACUGACCCCGACACAUGGGGUCCUGACUCUCUGGAGUGGAGGCCGAGUCGGUGGAUCUCAGACGAUCCACCUGAACCUACCAGCCACGACGGCUCAGUUCUUGUAGAUGAAUCGAACCAUGCCAGCAUGGAAAGAAAGCUUUUUGCCUGGUCCGAUGGAGGGAGGGUAUGUCCGGGGAAGAAAUUUUCGCAGGUAGAAAUCGUGGCUGUCUUGAUCCAGCUUUUUCGAAAUCAUCGGGUCAGCAUCAUUGCUCAGCCCGGGCAAACACUUGAGCAGGCGAGAAUGGAUGCGUAUGCGCGUGUCCAAAAUAGCGUUCAGACUCUUACAUUGCUCAUUGCAGACCCUGAAGCUGUUCAUCUUUGGUGGGACAAACGACGAUAAACUGAUAUAACAGUAAAUAGUAAGAAACAUAUAGAUCGCAUAGCGCUGAGAUAUAUCUCCG